AUGGCACACAAGGUCGUGUUAAGUACUGGUCCGAGGUGCCUUGUAUACUGCAAAAUCGCUGUGAAUGGCACACAAGGUCGUGUUAAGUACUGUAAGAUAAGAAACACUCUAAGGGAUGGAGACAAGUCUGAGUUAGUGAAGUUUCACGUAGUUCCAACAUUCCUAUCAACUUCCCAGUUCCAGACCGUAAGCAAUCCUCUCGGAACAUGGGCCGGAACAGGUAGAAGGUUACCGCUUAAUGUCACAAGUUAUCCAAACUCCGUGAACAUAACCACAGGACUUACCAAUACUAGUUUAUCUGGAACCGUAUACACAGACAACCAGCUAGCCAUUUAUAAGAUUGAGAAGGUACUCCUCCCCAAGGACAUUUUUGCUUCUCAUGCUCCAGCUCCAGCCCCAGUGGCACCUGCACCAGAGAAGCCAACAAAGGCAGUUCCUGCAGUAACUGUAGAGAGUCCUGCAGCUUCUGUGGAUAUAUCUAGUGCACUUAUCUUUACUAAAAAUAUUCUGGUGGGAUCAUUUGGUUUACUUGCUUCUGCAAUGUUUUCUCUGUAAUGUAGAAGGAUUUCGAAUCUUGAUAUGAUAUAUGUAGGGGUUGUGUCCGGUUUGGUGCUUUGUUUUGCUGCGCCGGCCGAUUGUGUGUUGAAUAAUUCUGCUUUUACCUUGAAUCCAGUUUGUA